AACAUAUUUGAGGAUGGAGGAUAUGGAGGUGGAAGUAGCUCCAGUAUCCAGUGAGGCCAGUGUGAUUGUGGUCUCUGAAUCUGAAAGCAGCACAGAAGAAGAGGAUGUUCACAUGCAGGUUCAAAGCCUGUCUGAUCGACCCAGACUAUCAGGCUUUCGGGUGGUCAGGAGGAGACAUAUAAUUGGUUCACGGACGCAGUUCUCCCCGCGUGAAGAGAGAAUCCGCAGACUCCGGGAGUUCAUCGUAGAGAAUCUUGCAGAGCGACUGAUUGGCUCCCAGGACGCACAGCAUUCAGUUCCUCAUGCAAAUCCACAAGCGCUGGCUCCUGAACCCAGGUCCACACUCACCGCUGCUGUUGUGAAUGAAUCCAGCGCUACAGGGUCCAGUGUUUCUACCGAGGCCGAGGGCUCGAGAGCAGCCGCUCAACCAGAAGAGCCAGAACAAGAGUCUGAGCCUGUCUCCGAGUUGGAGGAUCCUGUGGCAGCUGCAGCGAGUCCCGCUGGAGAGGCUGAAGCAGAUGAGGGCGAGGGAGAGACCUGCUCCAUCUGCUUUGAGCCCUGGACCAUGGCAGGUGACCACCGCUUGGCUGCUCUCCGCUGCGGUCACCUCUUCGGCUUCAUCUGUAUCUCCCGCUGGUUGACGGGUGGAGGAAGUAAAUGUCCACAGUGCAAUAAACCAGCCAAACGCGGUCAUAUCAUAUUUCUUUAUGCACGGAAACUGAAAGCGCUGGACAACGCAGAGGAAGUGCGACUGAAGAGUCGUUUAGAGCUGGAGCAGGGCUCACGGAGAAUGGAGCAGCUGGAAGUCGCUCAGUGUCGUCAGCAGAUGCAGCUCAUGACUGAUGAAAAUGUGCGACUGCGCAAAGAGGUCGAGGAGUUGAGGAGGUGGAAAGCUCAGGCGGCGUUCGGCUCCUCUCAGGGAGCGUCUCUCUCGUCGUCCCAGAGGCAGGACUCGUCCAGCGGGGGACAUUAUGUCUUCUCUAAGGCUGUUCUGGUGUCUCAGACAGGGGGCAGUAGGGUUUUGUCCUACUGUGAGCCUCUCGGCUGCCUGCUGGCAUCUCAGCCAUCUCCACAAGCGACCUUGGUACCGGGCUUCGGUGUGAAGAAGAUCAGCACUGCGACUCUCAAGCCUAGUCAGUAUGUUCCCAUCCACUCCAAACAGAUCCGAGGUCUGGCCUUCAGCCGACACCAGGACAGUCUUCUGCUGUCUGCGGCCCUCGACAACACAAUCAAACUCACCAGCCUGAUGACGAACACGGUGGUUCAGGCCUACAACACGGGCAGACCUGUGUGGAGCUGCUGCUGGUGCCAUGACAAUAACAACUACAUUUACGCCGGUCUCGCCAACGGCUCUGUGCUGGUGUAUGACACACGGGACACCAGCACUUACGUUCAGGAGCUGGCGCCGCUGCGCUCCAGCUGUCCAGUGGUGUCUCUGUCCUACAUCCCCCGCGCCGCCUCCAGCAUGUUCCCGUGUGGUGGUCUAAUCGCUGGCUCGCUGGAGGGCGGAUGUUUCUGGGAGCACGUGGAGGGAACCACAUACACGCCCCACAUCCUGCCUCUAGAGUCCGGCAACUGCACAGACAUACAGGUGGAGCCGGACAGCAGACACUGCCUCGUCACGUACAGACCAGGUCGUGCAAACCCGUCACUGCGUUGUGUUUUAAUGGAGCUCAGCCGGACGCCUCAGACAGACAGCAGACAGCCACCCAUCUGCUCCUGCUCUCCAGUCCAGACCUUCACCGCUGGAUCCUCCUGCAAGCUACUCACCAAAAACGCCGUGUUCAAGCGUCCAGCCGGAGAGGGAGCCACGCUAGUGUGUGCUGGAGACGAGGCCACAAACUCCACCAUGGUCUGGGAUGCCGGCACUGGUGCUCUGCUUCAGAAGAUGCCUGCGGAUCUCCCCGUGUUGGACAUCUGUCCGUUUGAGGUCAACCAGAGCAGUUUUCUGGCCUCUCUGACCGAGAAGAUGCUCAAGGUCUAUAAAUGGGAGUGAGACUAAGAGUAACAUUCAAACAAAAAUCUGAAUAAGCAUUUCUCAUAAACAAAAUACGUGGCCUCUGGUGGUCUGGGACGCCGUGUGACAGUAUUGUCCGUUCACUAUGCAUGUAUUUUGUUUGUUUUAAAUUUAAAUUCUAUAUUUUAUGUUGUGUUCUUUUAUAAAGAGAUUUUGUUUUCUGACCUUAAAAUCAGGGCUUUAUUAAUGUCUAUGUUAAAAGUGAUCAUUGUUCACUGUUUUCAUUGUAUAUAUGUAAGUGUUUUCUUGUUUUGUUUGUAAUUU